ACUCCGACAGUAAAACUUGCUGCUACUCUAAAAUUUCUGGGACCAGGAGGCUAUCAGCACCAACUAGGGCAAGACCGUUUUGCAGGAUUAGCGCAAUCCACGACUUCUAAAUGUAUCACGGAAGUAGUCAAUGCGAUUGAAAAAACUUUAUGUCCGAGGCACAUAAAAUUUGAAAUGACCGUGCAAGAAAAGCGUGAAUCCAAAAACCAUUUCUACUCAAAAUUUGGAUUACCAGGAAUAAUAGGUGCUGUUGAUGGAACCCAUAUCCUAACCAUCUGGAUAAAGGAUGAACAUCUGUUCUUUAACCGGAAGCUAAAGCAUAGCAUCAAUGCAAUGGCGAUUUGUGAUCACAAGAUGUACAUAAGAGCUGUGAAUGGAGUCUAUGGUGGAGCGGCUCAUGAUUCUCAUGUAUGGAGCUUGUCAAACGAACGACAACAUAUGAAAGCCCAAUACCAAAAUGGAGACAAAUCAUCUUGGAUAAUUGGUGAUUCUGGAUAUCCAUUAGAUCCAUGGCUCCUCACACCUUACCGUAACGCAGAAGAAAAUUCUCCAGAAAUGUUAUAUAAUGAAAGGUUUACCAAAGCGCGAUCGAUAAUAGAACGAGUGUUUGGAAUUUUAAAAGGUCGCUUUCGUUGCCUACUUGCUGGAAGAGAGCUUCAUUAUACACCCGAAAAAGUAGUAAAAAUUUUAAAUGCUUGUUGUGCACUGCAUAACAUUUGCCUUACAUAUAGGCCCCUAUUAUGAGUUGCAUUCGAUUUUCGACUGUGGUCGAAAGUGCUGAGCGAACGAAUUUUCA